CCUCUCUCUUUCUCUAUCUGCAGUUUCUCUCACAGCGCAAAGACAAAUACAUACAUAUACAUACAGUUUUCCCCUUCACAGUGAUUCCACCGCGGAAAUCCGCACGCGCGUUCGUGCACGCAGUGGCGUGUGUUUCUGCGCGUUUCGAGAUCGGAGUCUCGAUUGCUUCUCCAGUUGCUGCUAUUUCCUCUCUUGGCUCGAGAUCCGAGCCAAGGACGGAGGAAUUUUGGUCGACUCGCGAGAGGGUUUUGCUGAGGAGAGGGCGAGAUGGCUAGCCGCGAGGGGUUUCUUACGGAGGAGCAGAGGGAGAUGCUGAAAAUAGCGUCGCAGAAUGCGGAGGUGAUGUCGUCAUUGUCUAUGGCGUCGUCGCCUAAAUCUCCCGGGCCGAAGUCUCCCGGUCAGAACUCGUCUCUGGUGUUCGAGCACAACCAUGUCAAGGCGCCUGGAGGAGGACAUUCUGCCGCGGGGGGAGGGGUGGCGGUGAGGCACGUGCGCCGUUCACACUCGGGGAAAGCUGUUAGAGUGAAGAAGGAUGGUGCUGGUGGUAAAGGAACCUGGGGAAAAUUACUUGACACUGAUGGUGAGUCUUUCCUUGAUAGGAAUGAUCCCAACUACGACAGUGGGGAGGAGCCUUAUGAGCUUGUUGGAUCAACUGUUUCUGAUCCCCUGGAUGAGUACAAGAAAGCUGUAGUUUCACUUGUUGAGGAAUACUUUAGCACGGGUGAUGUUGAUGUAGCUGCUUCUGAUCUUAGGGAACUCGGAUCAAGUGAGUAUCAUCCGUACUUUAUCAAGCGGCUAGUUUCCCUGGCUAUGGAUAGAAAUAACAAAGAGAAGGAGAUGGCUUCUGUUUUGCUCUCAGCGCUGUAUGCUGAUGUCAUAAAUUCAGCCCAAAUUAGUCAGGGUUUUUUCAUGCUGCUUGAAUCUGCUGAUGAUCUGACUGUGGACAUCUUGGAUGCUGUUGAUGUCAUUGCUUUAUUCAUUGCUAGAGCAGUGGUAGAUGAUAUUCUACCCCCAGCUUUCAUCACCAAGGCCAGACGACUGCUCCCAGAAAGCUCCAAGGGAUUUCAGGUGCUACAAACAGCUGAGAAGAGCUAUCUAUCAGCUCCACACCAUGCGGAGCUUGUUGAAAGACGAUGGGGUGGAAGUACUCAAUGCACUGCUGAUGAGGUGAAGAAAAAGAUUGCUGACCUUUUACGAGAAUAUGUUGAAAGUGGAGAUACUUCUGAAGCCUGUAGAUGUAUUAGACAAUUAGGUGUUUCAUUUUUCCAUCAUGAAGUUGUCAAAAGAGCUCUAGUUAUAGCUAUGGAGAAUCAAAGUGCAGAGUCUCUCAUUCUAAAUUUGCUAAAGGAAGCUGCAGACGAGGGGCUAAUAAGUUCAAGCCAGAUGGUGAAAGGUUUUAGUCGGUUAGCUGAGAGCCUUGAUGAUCUCGCCCUUGACAUACCUUCUGCCAAGAAAAAGUUUCAGUUCCUUGUUCCUCGUGCCAUAUCCGAAGGCUGGCUUGAUGCAUCUUUCAAUAAAUCUUCAGCUGAUGACGGGGUUGGACCAGAUGAAAAUGAUGAGAAAUUGAGGCGCUACAAGAAAGAAGUUGUGUCCAUAAUUCACGAAUACUUCCACUCGGAUGACAUCCCUGAAUUAAUUCGGAGUCUGGAAGAUCUAGGGAUGCCUGAAUAUAAUCCAGUUUUUCUCAAGAAGCUCAUCACUCUGGCAAUGGACAGGAAGAACAGAGAGAAGGAAAUGGCAUCUGUUCUGCUCUCGGCACUUCAUAUUGAGAUCUUCACAACAGAAGACAUGGUAAAUGGUUUUGUGAUGCUGUUGGAGUCAGCAGAGGACACUGCCCUUGACAUUGUAGAUGCAUCGAACGAGCUUGCCUUUUUCCUAGCAAGAGCUGUCAUAGACGAUGUCCUCGCACCUCUGAACUUGGAAGAGAUCACCCAUUUGCUGCCACCAAAGUGCAGUGGCAGUGAAACCGUGCGCAUGGCUAGGUCACUCAUAGCAGCACGCCAUGCUGGCGAGAGGAUCCUCAGGUGCUGGGGUGGUGGCACCGGCUGGGCUGUGGAGGAUGCAAAGGACAAGAUCCAGAAGCUCCUCGAGGAAUACGAAAGUGGUGGGGUUGUGAGCGAGGCUUGCCAGUGCAUUCGCGAUCUGGGCAUGCCUUUCUUCAACCAUGAAGUGGUGAAGAAGGCACUAGUCAUGGCGAUGGAGAAGAAAAAUGACAGGAUGCUGGAACUGCUUCAAGAAUGCUUCGGGGAGGGCCUGAUCACCAUCAACCAGAUGACGAAAGGUUUCAACAGGAUCAAAGACAGCCUCGACGAUCUGGCUCUCGACAUCCCAAAUGCUAAGGAUAAGUUCACGUUCUACCAGGAACACGCGAAGAAGCAUGGUUGGCUCCUUCAGUCGUUUGUUUGAUAUGUGGCGUGGGUUUUUGCUAUGCAUUUACUUGAGAAGGAACACAUACUCUAGCCUUGUUUCUUUCUGCCUGUUGUUGCCCUUUUCAUUUCUUCCUUUUAUGUACUGGAUGGAUGAUGAUGUGAUGAUGCUUGAUCCUUCCUGAUAUGAUACACUUUCUGUGUUAUCUUUUAUAA